AUGACCACCCACCACUUAGCCGCCAUCUCCCCGGGCCCAGGCCAACCCUUGGAGCUUCGCACCCGGCCCACCCCCCAACCAGGCCCGAACGACCUCCUCAUCGCCGUCAAAUCCAUCGCCCUCAACCCGGCCGACCACAUCAUGCAAGACACAGGCCUCUUCAUCCCGGACACCAGCUACCCGACGGUCCAGGGCUUCGACCUAGCCGGCCUAGUCCUCGAAGUCGGCGACGCGGUCCCCCAGAAUGCUUCCUUGCACCCAGGGACCCGCAUCGCCGCCUACAGCGCCCUAGUCUGGAAAGCCUGCAGCCCAGACUACGGCGCGUUCCAACAACGAUGCCUCGUGCCCUGGCAGCACGCAGUAAUCCUCCCCGACGAAGACGGGCACGAGUUGACCUGGAACGAAGCAGCCACCCUCCCCGUCUCCGUCCAAGUCGCGCUAAGCGCAUGGGAUGCGAUGGGGAUUCCCCGCCCUCCACCAGCAGCAGCAGCAGCCACCGCUCUGCCCUCCACCCCCGACCAGAUCGGAAAAAGUCAAGCCCUCCUCGUCUGGGGCGCCUCCUCCAGCGUCGGCAGCAUGGGCGUGCAGACCGCGCGCCUCCUCUGCGACUCCCCAACCACCCCCUUCGCCGCCGUCUACGCCACCGCCGGAACACCGCGCAGCCGAGCGUACGUCGCAUCGUUGGGUGCGGACCGCAUCUUUGAUUAUCAUGACCCCCUCACACCCCGGGAAAUCGUCGAUACCGCCCGGAAGGACGGCCUGACAAUCCGGCAUUGCUUUCUGGCGAUGGGGCAGCUGGCGGCUUGUCGGGCGGUGGUGGGGGCGUUUCGCGGGGAGGACCAGGUCACAGGAAAGAUCGCGUCGGCGCCGCCAGUGCCGCCGGAUGCCGGGGUCGUGGACGACGGCGCCGGGGUGGAGACGGUCUUUGUGAUGCCUGCGACGGGGGAGGCGGAGCGGCUGGCGCAGUUUCGGGAGUGGCUGGGGUCGUGGUUGAGAGAGAGUUUGGGGAGAGGGAGGAUUCGGCCGAGUCCGGAGGGGAGGGUUGUCGGGAAAGGGUUGGGCGCUGUGAAUGCUGGGUUGGAUGAGUUGCGGCGCGGGGUGAGUUGUGUUAAGUUGGUGGUGGAGGUUGCGGAGUGA